UAAUUGGUUCCCUUCUUCACGAGAGACUGAAGAAGCGAUGGAGAUUCGCUCUUCUCCAACUCUAGUGUUCCGGUGUUUGGAGGAAGAGUGAAGUCUCGAGAAAUUCUCUCAGGACCCGGAAGUUCUGGGAGGCGGAGCUUUGGAACCAUGGCUCCGCGCUGCUGGCGCUGGGUGCGCUCGUCGGUGUGGUCUCGAACCCGGCCGCCUCCCGCUAGGAGCACCCGAGCCCCAGUCUUUUGCCAGUGGUUCUCCUCUCAGACGACCCCACAGAUCUGUGUUGUAGGAAGUGGCCCAGCUGGCUUCUACACAGCCCAACACUUGCUAAAGAAGAGAGGCCCCCAGCAGCUCUGCCCUCUCCCCCAGCACCACACCCGGGCCCAAGUGGACAUCUACGAGAAGCAGCUCGUGCCUUUCGGCUUGGUGCGCUUUGGGGUGGCACCUGACCACCCUGAGGUGAAGAAUGUCAUCAACACAUUUACCCAGACGGCCCACUCUGAGCGCUGUGCCUUCCGGGGCAAUGUGGCAGUGGGCAGGGAUGUGAUGGUGUCAGAGCUGCGGGAGGCCUACCAUGCUGUGGUGCUGAGCUAUGGGGCAGAGGACCACCGGGUCCUGGGGAUCCCCGGCGAGGAGCUCCAUGGCGUGUGCUCAGCUCGGGCCUUCGUGGGCUGGUACAAUGGGCUUCCUGAGAACCAAGGGCUGACACCGGACCUGAGCUGUGACACUGCUGUGAUUCUGGGACAGGGGAACGUGGCUCUGGAUGUGGCCCGCAUCCUGCUGACCCCCCCUGAGCACCUGGAGAAAACAGACAUCACAGAAGCUGCCCUAGGAGCGCUGAGGCAGAGUCGGGUGAAGACAGUGUGGAUAGUGGGCAGGCGUGGGCCCCUGCAAGUGGCCUUCACCAUUAAGGAGCUUCGGGAGAUGAUCCAGUUACCAGGAACCUGGCCCAUUUUGCAUCCCUCAGACUUCUUGGGCCUCCAGGAACAACUCAAGGAGAUCCCUCGUCCAAGGAAGCGACUGACGGAACUGCUGCUUCGUACAGCCACAGAGAAGCUGGGGGCAGAGGAGGCUGCCCGCCAGGCCUCGGCCUCCCGAGCCUGGGGCCUCCGCUUUUUCCGAAGCCCCCAGCAGGUACUGCCAUCUGCAGAUGGGCAGCGGGUGGCAGGCAUCCGCCUGGCAGUUACCAGACUGGAGGGUGUCGGUGAGGCCACCAGGGCAGUGCCCACAGGAGAGAUAGAGGACCUCCCUUGUGGGCUGGUGCUGAGCAGCGUUGGAUAUAAGAGCCGUCCCAUCGACCCCAGCGUACCCUUUGACCCGAAACUUGGGGUCAUCCCCAAUACAGAGGGCCGGGUUGUGGAUGUACCAGGCCUCUACUGCAGUGGCUGGGUGAAGACGGGACCCACAGGUGUCAUUGCUACCACUAUGACCAGCAGCUUCCUCACCAGCCAGGCGCUGCUGCAGGACCUGCAAGCUGGGCUGUUGCCCCUCGGCCCCAGGCCUGGCUACACGGCCAUCCAGGCCCUGCUCAGCAGCCGAGGAGUCCAGCCAAUUUCUUUCUCAGACUGGGAGAAGCUGGAUGCUGAGGAAGUGUCUCGAGGCCAGGGCUCUGGAAAGCCUCGGGAGAAGCUGGUGGAUUGUCAGGAGAUGCUUCGGCUGCUGGGGCGCUGAGCCUGGAUCCCACCCGUCAGGGAAGGGAAGAGUGCCGUGCAGGUCCUGGGUCAGCCUGGGCUAGACGCUUCUCCAGUUUGGAGUCUCACUGCCUCCAAUGAAGAUGGUCGUCCUUGCCAGUGUGGGUCAGCCCAAGGAGGUGACCUUAAGAGAGGGAGGGGCAGAGGUGCGGGCUGGCCCUACCCCCUUGUACCUCUCUUCUGCUGGACUUUGCAGGGCCACUGGGCCUGGAGUGUGUUGGAAAUAAAACAGCUGAAACCAA